UUAGCCACGCGAAACGACGAAACACCACAUCUAAAACUCACAGUUGUUGUCACGGAAAGUACGUUAGUGAAAUCAGUUAUGAAAGAAGUAGCACAAAGAAUGGAGAAAUUUGCUAGGUUAAUGGGAGUGCCUUUUGAGUUCAAUGUUUUAGGUGGAUUGAACAACUUGAAAGAACUCACAAAGGAGAGUUUGAAUAUUAAAGAAGAAGAAGCAGUGGCAGUUAAUUGCAUUGGUGCCUUGAGAAAAGUUGAAGUAGAAGAAAGGGGAGAUGUUAUAAGAAUUCUUCAAUCACUUAACCCUAAAGUUGUGACAAUAGUAGAACAUGAGGCUGAUUUUUCUAGCNAACAUGAGGCUGAUUUUUCUAGAACAAGGAAUGACUUUGUUAAGUGUUUUGAAGAAUGCCUUAGGUUCUACACAUUAUACUUUGAGAUGCUUGAUGAAAGCUUUCCAAUCACGAGCAACGAAAGGCUUGUGAUCGAAAGGGAAUGUUCCAAAAGCAUAGUUAAGGUUUUGGCUUGCGGUGAUCAAAUUGGUGAAGGAGAUGGUGAAACAAGAGAAAGAGGAAAUCAAUGGUCUGAAAGGCUUAGAGAGUUGUUUUCUCCAUUUCCACUCAAUGAUGAUGCUGUUGAUGAUGUUAGGUCCUUGCUUAAGAGAUACAAAGCUGGAUGGUCACUUGUGCUACCACAAGAAAAUCAAGAGUCACCUGGAAUUUACUUGACUUGGAGAGAUGAACCUGUGGUAUGGGCUUCAGCAUGGAAACCCCAGGAAAAAUCAAUGGAGCGAUAUGAUCAGUGAAGAUUCGUAAUGCUGAAUCGGACCUGCUUAGGAUUGCAGCAUAGUAAUUAUAGCCUUUAGCUUACAACAAGCUUGAUAGCAUUUGAUUUUUCUAUUUUUUGGAACCCAAGAGCAUAGAUAAGCUGGAGGUUCCUUUUUGGUUUUUUUUUUUUCAAUUCCUUUCUAUCUUUCUCUUCUAAUGGAUCUUGGAAACAUAUAUAUAGGACUAUUACUACUAGAUUAUAACCUUCAUUUCAUUUUCUACCUUUUAGAUUCAACAACACUAUAAUGCUUUGUGCUUGGGAGUUUGUAUUGCUUUCUUUCUUUUUGCUUGUUUUUCUCAAUCUCUUCUUGGUGAAAGUUUUUGCAUCUGUACUAGCUUUUUCAAAUUAUGGUUUCUUUUUCACUUA